CAAUGUUUGCUGCAGUAUACGGAACGCACCUGAUUUUUUUUCCGGGAAUUUUAAUGUUGCACGGAACAUGGUUCACUUAAAAAUGGCAAAAGAAAAUGUUGAUUAUAAAAAACUUCAAACUGACUUAGAACAGCAAGAAUUAGAGUCAGCAGGAGGGGUGGCACCUGCCCAGGUGUAUAAUCAGCUGCUAGCUCUCUACCUACUUCAUAAUGACAUGUGCAAUGCCAAAUUUCUAUGGAAGAGGAUUCCACAGACAGUAAAAAGUUCAACCCCUGAAACAGUCCAGAUUUGGGCCGUAGGUCAGAAACUAUGGUUACGGGACUACCCAGGAAUCUACGAAGCUUUGAAAAAGGAGUGGUCAGAAAGCAUCUCUCAAAUAAUGGAAGCUGUAAAAGCUGCCACGAGGGAAAGAGCGAAGACAUUAGUAUCCAAGGCCUAUAGUUCCAUUGAUGCUGAUGAUUUUGCUGUAUUUAUGGGAAUGCCUUUAAGUGAGGCGAUACAAGCUGCAACACAAGAAGGAUGGACAUAUGAUUCAGCAACUAAAUACAUCAAACCUACAAAACCAGUAAUGCUAAAAGAUCCAGAGUUAUUAAGUGAACAGCAGUUGUCAGUGCUAACAGACUAUGUGUCUUUUCUGGAGGCGUGACAAGGGGAAAGAAAGAGUCUGUGUAUUACAUCAUCAGUUGGUGCUUAACUUCACAAUGCAUGAAAACCGACUCAUUUGGAGAGGAUUAAACAGAGGCUGGCAAAUUAAUUCAAUGAAGAUUUCUGGAGAAUUCUAACCCUCCAAUACCAUCAGUAUAAAUUAUUUACCAGACAGUCAGAAUUCAAAAUAGUUUGGUGAAAUACUUUACUAGUACAUGUACAGUGUAUAUACCCAGUAUAUGUACUAAUGGUGUAUAUUUUAAAUACCUGUAGUCAUCCCAUGCAGCCACCGAAAUGUUUUGCAAGGAUAUUACUUAAAACAAAAACAUGUGUAUGAACUGUUAAAUAUUUUACUGUUGAUUUUUGGUGUUUGAAAGCCUGUCAUGUGUAUAUGUGCAUAAUGUAUCUGUGGGAAUCUUUAGUAAAUAAACACUGUGAUAACCAAUUAUGA